AUGCCUGGAAGAAUCAUCGCAGUUCCGUUCUUAGAUCAAAUAGAAGACAUCGAGAACUGUUUGAAAAACAAUAAAGACAUUAAGCAUACAACAAGCAAUACCUUUUCAUAUUCAAAUAGUAAUAAGAACAGUACUCAUAAUCAUAAUAAUAAUACUUCGACUGUGAAUAAUAAUACUUAUAACAACAGUUAUAAUAAUUAUAAUUACAAUAAUAGUUAUUACUAUAAUAAAGGGAACAAUAGUUACUAUAAAAAAUCUACAAUAAAUGGAAAUAAAAAUUUCUCAGUAAACGGUAAUAAUGGAAACUAUGAUAAUUAUAAUAAGAAUUUUGAUUACAUGAGAUAUAAUUCUAGAAAGAAUAAUAGUAGCAACUCACCAUAUGCCUAUAAUCAACAGCUUACGUCAAUCAAAGCUCAAGAUAUCUCAGGUAAUGACCCAGCAACUAAAUCGUAUCCUAUUUAUCAACACAAUGAGAAAGAUACAGACUUCAAUCAAGCUGUUGCUGAACAAUUAAAGCAGACUUAUCCUCAAAUUUACCAAAAUACUCAUUCAGCUGUUUACUCUAAUGGUCAAACUUUUAGUCAAGCAGAUUUUGCAUUGAAUCAAGUAACUAAUAAUCUUGGAACUUUACAACUACCAGAUAGACCCGUUCAAGACACAUAUUCAAAUCAAGGACAGUUAGGUAGUAACAAAUACGUUAACGGUCAUACACCUUCCAAUUUCAGAAGUGAGUCUGAUAUUAAUAUUCUAAUGUCACAUACUGGUCAAAAUGUUACUGUUGAUAAUAACAACAAUGGCAACAACAACAACAACAAUAAUAAUAAUAAUGAGGAUAAUAACAUGGCUUUAUUCAAGUCUUACAUACCAUCCGAGUUACUAGAUUCAACUAACGGAACUUUCGCUGUUAAUGAUGGUAUCAACAGGAAUUUAGGGCCAAACGAUCCGAAUACUUCAAACACUUUUGUUCCACAACCUCAAACUUCAUCAUUAACUCCUAUACUGGGAACUAAUAGCAUAAUCGCGCCCCCUUCAAAUAUCAGUGAUACUGCAUUGAAGUUUACUUCUUCACCUUUUAGUAACAGUAACAUUGCUCUCAACAAUAUGCGUUCUUCUGGAGCUCAGCCAACUCAGAAGUCUGAUUUAUCCUCUAUUGGUUGGGGUUCUAAUCAAAUGGAUAUCCAAUCAUCAAUUCCAGGUAGAUCAUCUCUGAACGCCUCUAGCAAUAGCAACAGUGGUAUGUUUGGUAUUUGGAACAACGAUAUGAGCGUUUGGAGUUAA